ACACAGAGCAGCCCCCGACCCGGGCGAAUGCGGGCUUGUGCCGCCGCCGCCGCUGCCGCCGCCCGGGCCGAGUGACAAAGGAAGGAAGGAAGGAAGGAAGCGAGGAGGAGCCGACCCCGCAGCCGCUGACAGGGAUCCGGACUGGGGGCAAAGCGCGGACACUUCCUGAGAGGGCACCGAGCAGAGGCGAGGGGUGGGAGGACGGCCGCGCUGGUGCCGUGGACGGGGGAGGGGGGUCCCGAGGGACGGAAGCGGUUGCCGGGUUCCCAUGUCCCCGGCGUAUGGGGAGCAGUCGAGGAGCCGCUGCCUGGGGUCUGAAGGGAGCUGCCGCCGCCGCCGCCGCCGCCAUGGCCGCUGGAUCCAGCCGCCGCCUGCAGCUGCUCCUGGCGCAAUGAGGAGAGGAGCCGCCGCCACCAGCCGCCGCUGACCGAUUUGCGACUCCGCCGCCCUCAGUUCUGUGGCCCCAGCCGUCAGCCCGCCGGAUCCCGCCGCGGCCGGAGCCGCAGCGUUUCCCGUCGCAUCUCCGAGCCACCCCCUCCCUUUCCCUCCCUCCCUCCCAUCCCCCCUUCUUUUCAAGCGUGAGACUCGUGAUCCUUCCGCCGCUUCCCUUCUUCAUUGACUCGGAAAAAAAAUCCCCGAGGAAAAUAUAAUAUUCCAAGUACUUAUUUUCAAUCAAGUAUUUGUCCCCGUUUCACGUGAUUUUUUUUUUUUUAAGGAUUUCUCUCCCCCGCCCUUCUCUCCAAGGAAAGGGAGGGGAAAGAAUUGUGUUUUUUCCCCAGACCCAAAUCAUCUCUAUGUUAAAUAUCCCUAACGAUCUGUCUUGAAGGAGAAAUACAUCGAUCGUUUUUUUUUAAUACCUACACAAAAAAGGGGUGGAAAGCCAAGAGGACGAAGUCUUUUUCUUGUGGGAGAACUUAAUGCUGCAUUUAUCAUUAACCUAGCACCCCAACAUAAAACAAAAGGAAGAAAAGGAGGAAGGAAGGAAAAGAAGGUGAUUCGGAAAGAGAGUGACCAUGUCAGGGCGGCCCAGAACCACCUCCUUUGCGGAGAGCUGCAAGCCAGUGCAGCAGCCUUCAGCUUUUGGCAGCAUGAAAGUUAGCAAAUUACCUCAUGUGUGCCUUUUCCCAUAAGCAAAUCAUGAUGCUGGGAUAGAUGUUACUUGGCUUAGUAACUGAAGUGGAAGAGAUACUCAAUCCAGGGGUUGCGAUGGGUAUGUUUCAUUGCUGGUUCCUGAAGACCUGAAACCAUUUUUCUGAAAUGUGAAGAAGGGUUUUUCUAAAAAUGCAACCUGAGGAGACAGGAGACAAAGAUGGCAGCAAGGUGACCACAGUAGUGGCAACUCCUGGGCAGGGUCCAGACAGGCCGCAAGAAGUCAGCUAUACAGACACUAAAGUGAUUGGAAAUGGGUCAUUUGGUGUGGUAUAUCAAGCCAAACUUUGUGAUUCUGGAGAACUGGUUGCCAUCAAGAAAGUAUUGCAGGACAAAAGAUUUAAGAACCGAGAGCUCCAAAUCAUGAGAAAGCUAGAUCACUGUAACAUAGUCCGAUUGCGUUAUUUCUUCUACUCAAGUGGUGAGAAGAAAGAUGAGGUCUACCUUAAUCUGGUGCUGGACUAUGUCCCGGAAACAGUAUACAGAGUUGCCAGACACUACAGUCGAGCCAAACAGACGCUCCCUGUGAUCUAUGUCAAGUUGUAUAUGUAUCAGCUGUUUCGAAGUUUAGCCUAUAUCCAUUCCUUUGGAAUCUGCCAUCGGGAUAUUAAACCACAGAACCUCUUGUUGGAUCCCGAUACAGCGGUCUUAAAACUCUGUGACUUUGGAAGUGCAAAGCAGCUGGUCCGAGGAGAACCCAAUGUUUCGUAUAUCUGUUCUCGGUACUAUAGGGCGCCGGAGUUGAUCUUUGGAGCCACUGAUUAUACCUCUAGUAUAGAUGUAUGGUCUGCAGGCUGUGUGUUGGCUGAACUGUUGCUAGGGCAACCAAUAUUUCCAGGGGACAGUGGUGUAGAUCAGUUGGUGGAAAUAAUCAAGGUCCUGGGGACACCAACAAGGGAGCAAAUUAGAGAAAUGAAUCCAAACUACACAGAAUUCAAAUUCCCUCAAAUUAAGGCACAUCCCUGGACUAAGGAUUCGUCAGGAACAGGACAUUUCACCUCAGGAGUGCGGGUCUUCCGACCGCGAACUCCACCGGAGGCAAUUGCACUGUGUAGUCGUCUGCUGGAAUAUACACCAACUGCCCGGUUGACACCACUGGAAGCUUGUGCACAUUCAUUUUUUGAUGAAUUACGGGACCCAAAUGUCAAACUACCAAAUGGGCGAGACACACCUGCACUCUUCAACUUCACCACUCAAGAGCUGUCAAGUAAUCCACCUCUAGCUACUAUCCUUAUUCCUCCUCAUGCUCGGAUCCAAGCAGCUGCUUCCACCCCUACAAAUGCCACAGCAGCCUCAGAUGCUAAUGCUGGAGACCGUGGGCAGACCAAUAACGCCGCUUCUGCAUCAGCUUCCAACUCUACCUGAACAGUCCCAAGCAGUCAGCUGCACAGGAAAACCACCAGUUACUUGGGUGUCACUCAGCAACACUGGUCACGUUUGGAAAGAAAAUUAAAAAGAGAAAAAAAAACCUGUU